CCGGGCAGGCGGGCUCUGUUGAUCCGCUUUCGAGACCGGGUCGAGCAGAUGGAAGCAAUACCAUGAGGCAGCAUCCCCCGCAGGCGACGGGGAGGCAGCGGGGAGCCUGACAUCGCCUCUGAGACCCUGAAGAGCCAUGACGUCAACUGUACAGACCUUGCGUUUUCCGCUGCUGCCGCACGCCCCAGGCCAGGACCGAAUCCAUAGUUGUGAGCAGGAGAUUGAGCGGCGCUACCAAGUGGUGCCCUCCGUGGUGUGUGCCAUGUGCUGCCUCUUUGGGAUCAUCUACUGCUUCUUUGGGUACCGGUGCUUUAAGGCAGUGAUGUUCCUGACAGGGCUGAUGUUUGGCUCGGUGAUCAUCUUCAUGCUGUGCUACAAGGAGCGGGUGCUGGACACUCAGCUGAGCGUGGAGGCCUCUGUGGGCAUUGGGCUGGGCAUCGGGGUGCUGUGUGGGCUGGUCACCAUGCUGGUGCGCAGUGUUGGGCUCUUCAUGGUUGGCCUGCUGCUAGGGCUCCUGCUGGCUGUGGCCGCCCUGGUGGUGAUGGAGCAGUUCUACCACCCGCCUACCGUCUGGAUCCCCAUCGGCUUGCUGUUGGGCGUGGGCAUGCUGUGCGCUGUGCUGACCCUGCAGUGGCAGCGCCUCUUCACCACACUCUCCACCGCCGUCUUUGGCAGUGCCGUCAUGACUGCCACGGCCGACUACUUUGUCGAGCUCUUCCUGCUGCUGCAGUACGUUUAUGAGCGUGUCAAGGUGGCACCUGCCCGGCCCAUCUGCUGGUACAGCUGGGUCAUCCUGGGUACUUGGCCCAUCCUGGCCUUAUUGGGUGUUCUAGUGCAGUGGAAAGUCACGGCCGAGGGAUACUCCCACACUGAAGUGAUUAUCAGUCGGCAGCAGCGCCGAGUCCAGCUGAUGCGGAUCAAGCAACGGGAAGAGCGCAAGGAGAAGAAGAAGAAGAGGCGGCCGCAUCCUCACCCCCACCUGCAGCACAAGGCCCACCCACCAGAGCCUGCCUACCGUCGCAAGCCUAACCCUGUGCGCCGAUUUGAUGGGGAUGUGCUCUCUCCAAGCUACAUACAGAGCUUCCGGGAGCGGCAGACGGGCUCCUCUCUCAACAGCCUUCUGGCCAACGCUCAUGCAGCCAUCGACAUAGACUAUGACUGUGGCUCCACUGUGCCCCUGACGACGGGCUCCGGCCCUGCCAUGCGGGUAUAGCCCAACAUCUUCCCCACCAGGACACAAGGACGCUGCCUCCCGUGGGCACUCGGGUCAGGCCACGUGCAUAUAGCUUAGCGCCUGUGUUUUACCAUCAGGACUUGCGGAUCCUCUCUGCCAGCAUUCAUCGGCCUAGCCAUGUGGAUGUAAUCCAGCAUCUCUCAGAAUAUACGGAAUUCUCCCCAGCGCUACACUGGCUCUGACUAACCUACCGUGGAACAAGGGGCUAGGAAAGAGUAGGAGCAGGCGCUGGGGGCAAAGGGCUGAAGAGAGAACUGGCUGCAACCCACCCAGGCCGGGAAUGCAGGACUCGGGGAAAGAAGAGUGAACAUGGACUCGUGAAGCCAGAAAGUGAAGAGCUGAUCACUUGCAACUCCCACGCCCCCAUGAAAAGGACAAGAAACGGCCAGCCUUCCCAACCCUCCAUUACUGGAGAGGCCCAGAUGUAGAGGGACCGUUGGGGUGUUCCUGUGUGCUCUUGCCACAUCAUGGACUCCGUCUUUGUCCUGGAAUUCUGUCUUUGCAUGAACUGACCCCAAGGACUCUUUCGGGGGCCCAAGUGCCCCUUAUAUACUGACGGUGGUAGGAUUCGACUUGAUUCACUCCAGUCUGGCUGGAACUAGCCAGCUCAGGGAAAUGGGGUCCUCUGGCCCUGGGCCCCUCGCCCAUUCCAGUGCCUGGCAUUCUGUUUCAAUGGGUGACUCAAGG